AUGCAGCUGCAAGCGGGCUCCGCGUGGGCGUCCAAGGGCGAUUGCUGCUUGACCUGUACCCUUGUCGUGGAUUCGAUCCUGACGUGCGAGUCGGCGGCGAGCGAGGGGGGAAGAGGGCCUUCUCGGAAGGCGGCGGGACUUCUCAGAAGCCCUCGCGCCUUCCGAGAAGUUUUCGGUGUCUUCUUGGAAGGCUGGGAAGCCUUCCCAGAAGGCCCGGGGGACCUCCGAGCCUUCCGAGAAGGCCCGCCCCUGCUCGCGGCCCCCCCCUGCGCUCGCCGCCAAGCAAGGGUGCUUGCCUCCUUGACUGGCACCCUAUCGUGCCGAGGUCUUGCCUCCUUCGCCUGUGCCUUGCACUUGCACCCGGGGGCGCAGGGGCCCUGCCUGCUCGACCUGCACCUUGCGAGGGUCUCGCCUCCUGAGCUUGCACUUUGA